AUGGUCUGGUACCACACCAGAGCAUAUAACCAUUCUUUCAAACAGAACAAUACAAAUCUCCAUGCUUUUAUAAAUCAAACUCCAACCGAUUUCUCUCUUCAUUCAGUUCAUUGCGUUCCCUCUCUUCUCUUCCUCUCUUCUCUAUAUAAAGUACUAUUAACUCCCACUAAAACCCAUUCCUGUCUUUUUCUUCUUCUUCCGGCUCUGCAUUUGCAAUACUCUGUUUUCUUGGUUUCAAUUCAAUCACACACCUCCAUUGCCCUCAUGGCUCACUUUACCUCCUCAGGUAAAUCAGACGAUCUCACAAAAGAUGACUGUAAGGGACAAAGUGCACUUGUUGUUUGCUUUGGUGAAAUUUUAAUAGAUUUUGUGCCAACAGUGGGUGGAGUGUCACUAGCUGAAGCACCCGCUUUCAAGAAAGCUCCUGGUGGUGCUCCUGCCAACGUGGCUGUUGGAAUAUCUAGGCUUGGGGGGUCAUCUGCCUUUGUAGGCAAGGUUGGAGCAGAUGAAUUUGGGUAUAUGUUGGCUGAUAUUUUAAAGCAGAACGAUGUUGAGACAUCUGGCAUGAAGUUUGACCCUAAUGCAAGAACUGCGUUAGCUUUUGUUACACUUAGAGCUGAUGGUGAGCGUGAGUUCUUGUUUUUCCGAAAUCCUAGUGCUGAUAUGCUACUUCAAGAGUCCGAGCUUGAUAAAAAUCUCAUAAAGAAGGCUAAAAUUUUCCAUUAUGGUUCCAUCAGCUUGAUUGAUGAGCCAUGCAAGUCUGCUCAUCUUGCUGCUAUGAGAUUUGCUAAAGAAUCUGGUUGCAUUCUUUCGUAUGAUCCAAAUUUGAGAUUGGCACUAUGGCCAUCUGCUGAGGCUGCUCGGGAUGGCAUAAUGAGUAUAUGGGAUCAAGCCGAUGUCAUAAAGAUAAGUGAGGAUGAGAUUACAUUUUUGACUGGUGGUGAUGAUCCUUAUGAUGAUAAUGUUGUAUUAAAGAAGCUUUUUCAUCCCAAUCUCAAGCUUUUAAUAGUUACUGAAGGCUCAGAAGGUUGUAGAUAUUACACCAAGGAAUUUAAGGGCAGGGUUGCUGGUGUUAAAGUUAAACCUGUUGACACAACUGGUGCUGGUGAUGCAUUUGUUAGUGGGAUUAUCUAUAGCUUAGCUUCUGACCAAAGUCUUUUCCAGAAUGAGGAGCAUCUCCGAAAAGCUCUACAUUUUGCCAAUGUAUGUGGUGCCAUCACGGUAACAGAGAGAGGGGCAAUUCCUGCAUUACCUACAAAAGAAGCUGUUCUCCAAUUCGCUGCAACAUAACAUCAGCACUCACAGUUAGUUCUUUGGUCAUCAAAUGUAACAUUUGUUUUUAAGCUAUAGCUUGGGUCUUGCUGAGCUUCAUGUAUCUUCCUUAUCCUUGGGGCUGUAUUUUCCUUAUAUAUAAUAAUAAAUUCAAUUUGCAUUGCUCUCUCAAGCAAUGUCUUGUAGCAGUAGAUCAAAAGUACAGUGAAUAAAAUGAAAAAAAAAAAAGUUUAAUAUCUUCGUUUUUUA